UAUUCAAUACGGAAGUAAAUGUUUUAUAACUACAUGAUAUAUUCGUAGUAGAUGAAAUAUAAAGCAUUUUAUUUUUUUAACUUUUUUAGGAUGAAGGUGAAUGGAAACCAAUAAAUAAUCCUAUUGGAAAAUACAACUUGGUUAAACUUCCAAGAUUUGCAAUGGAACUAGUUAGAAACGAGUGCUCGUCAAACGUAGGUGCAGCUCUAGCAAAUGCUUUACUACAUGACAUUAAACAUCUCCUGAAAGACGACGUUGAUAUAAAAGAUAUUUUGAUUGACAAAUGCAAAUUAGAUAGAGCCAAAUCAAAAGUAAAAACUGUUACUGAAGAUGUGGGCUCAGAACAAAAAAAACAGUUAAUUUGUCUUGGGGUUGAUGGCAAGCUCGAUCAGAUAACUAAAACAAGUAAAAUAAUAAACUCACCUCAAGGAGAAGUACUAAAGAAAUGCAUUGAACCUGAACAUCACCUCACAUUUACUUAUGAAGAUGGAAAAUCGAGUGGAAAUUAUUUGACUCAUAGGACGAUUCCUGUUACUGGUGCUACAGGCUUAGUUCUUGCUACCGAAACGUUCAGUGUUUUACAAGAAUAUAACAGUUUGGAAAGUAUACAAGCUGUUCUUCUUGAUAAUACAGCUACCAAUACUGGACCAAUAAGUGGCUUAGUGGUAAAACUAGAAGAGCUUUUAAAAAGAAAACUACACCUAAUUGGAUGCGCAUUACAUCAAAACGAACUUCCGUUACGAGCUCUUUUUAUAAAACUUGAUGGUGACACAACUGGGCCAAGAAGCUUCAGUGGUCUACUUGGCAAAAGAUGUGCUGAAAAUAUUCAGGAUAGAAAUCAAGUUUUGUUUGAACGUAUUGAAAACCCAAUAGUAGAUGGAUAUAUUCCAGAAGAAAUAUUAAUAGACCUUAGUUGCGAUCAAAGACUUUUGUUUGAAUAUUGCAAAGGAAUAGGCUUUGGUAAAGUUUCUGAUAAAUGGGCUGCCUAUAAAAUUGGACCGCUUAACCAUGCAAGGUGGUUAACUCUAGCUAUUCGCCUUCUCUGUUUAUAUACUAGAGACAAUCAACCAACCGUUUCUUUAAAAAAACUUGUAUACUUUAUUGUUCAAGUUUAUGCUCCAGCAUGGUUCGAAAUAAAAAAAUCUUCAAAAUUCCACGAAUCCCCGCGCCUUAUUUUUUCUACUAUUACUAGAAUAAAUAAUCUCCCCUUUGAUGAUGUUAAACUUAUUGUUAAAAAAAACAUCAAAAAAAAUGCAUUGUGUCUAAAACCUGAAAAUAUUCUUUAUGCCAUGCUAAAAGAUAAUGACAAAAAGAUACGAAACUUUGGUUUUCAAAUCCUACUGGCUCUAAGGCAAAGAGUAAACAACGAAAUUUUGAAAGUAAAUUUGAUGAAAAUUCCGGAAAUUAAUUUUAAUGCUAAUCAUUGGUAUGAGUUGGUUGACAUCAGCAUUACAAAAGUUACAGAGCCCCCUACAACACAACAUUUUUCAAUCGAGCAAAUCCAAUAUAUGAUUGACAAUAACGUUAAACCUGAAAUUUCCGACUUUCCAUCUCACUCCCAGAGUGUUGAGCGAGCGGUAAAACUAGUAUCGGAAGCAUCCCAAUAUGUUUAUGGGUUCGAGAAUCGACACAGUUGCAUUUUAACCAAAUUACUAAGCAGGAAGAUGCGUAAACCAAAUAUUUCAAAAGGACAUUAUUCCCAUUCUUAUGGUGAUAUUUUUUAAUUGAAAAUAUUUUUC